GCCCUGCCCCGCACGGUUUGGGGCAUGCCUGUGAGCAUGUUCAGCAUCGACAAUAUCCUGGCGGCCAGACCUCGCUGCAAGGACUCGGUGCUGCUGCCCCCGAGCGCCGCGCCCGUCGUCUUCCCCAGCCUGCACGGGGACUCGCUCUACGGCAGCGCCUCCGACUACGGCGGAUUUUACUCGCGGGCGGUGGCUCCCGCCUCCGCGCUGCCCCCGGCCGUCACCGGAUCGCGGCUGGGCUACAACAACUACUACUACGGGCAGCUGCAUGUGCCGGCGUCCCCCGUGGGCCCUUCGUGCUGCGGGGCCGUGCCGCCGCUGGGCGCCCAGCAGUGCUCCUGCGUUCCGCCCGCAGGUUACGAGGGCACUGGGUCAGUCCUGAUGUCCCCUGUUCCCCAUCAGAUGUUGCCCUACAUGAACGUGGGCACUUUGUCCCGGACGGAGCUGCAGUUACUGAACCAGCUGCACUGCAGGCGAAAAAGACGGCACCGGACUAUCUUCACUGACGAGCAGCUGGAAGCGCUGGAAAACCUCUUCCAGGAAACGAAAUACCCAGACGUGGGCACCAGGGAACAGCUGGCCAGAAGGGUGCACUUAAGAGAAGAAAAAGUGGAGGUUUGGUUCAAAAACCGCCGGGCGAAGUGGAGGAGGCAAAAGCGAUCGUCUUCAGAGGAAUCAGAAAACGCACAAAAGUGGAAUAAAGCGUCUAAAACGUCGCCGGAGAAGAGACAAGAGGACGGGAAAAGUGACUUGGACUCUGACAGCUGAUACUUCUAAGCGGGGGGGACAUUUCCAGUGGACUGUCGGAUACGCUCCAGAGGAUGCUACUAAUCUUGCACAAGAUCUGCCUUGUUGGAGGGGGAAAAUAUCUGUAUAUAAUGUACAAUGCCCCGAGCCGAUUCCGUGUAAAUAAAAUGUGUUGCGGAGGUGUUGCACAGGUAGACGGCGGCGCGUUUUUUCAUCCUGCGCCGCGGGGAGAGGGAGAGGAGAGGGACCAGAGAGCCGGGAGCGAUGGUGGCAGCUCCCCGGGGAGCAGGGCCGGCCUUGCCGGCGCAGCUCCUUGUUCGGCGGCGCGGUCUCACAGUGUGACACCGGCGGAGGGCAGCGCUGGCCGCGGGCACCGCUCGCCCAGGCCGG